AUGCUGCGACGACAUCGUGUUGGAGACGAUUCUGAGGUGGAAUCUGGGCAAGAUGCAAAGCUGGAAGGCAGUGAUGGCAAGAGUACUGAGCUGUCACAUGCUGCUCCGACGUCACCAAGAUCCUCAACUCCAGACCCGCACGCCUCAUCUGUAGCGACGGAUCCAGCUAUGCAAGUCCAGCGUGAUGAUAGAAUUAAAAGGAUAGCGAGGAACCCAGUGCCGUUUGGAAGUCUGGUGGAAGCUUUGAGCUACGUGGUGUUUCUCAUCCUCUUCAUCCUGGCCACGACCGUCAUUGAAGAGAACAUCCAGGCUUUCUACUUUGCCAAUCGACUAAAAUCUGCACUCGUGGACCAAUCCUUCACAGUGCCGACAGUCUCCACAGCAUCCUCCACGUCGACUUCGUCCAGUGUUAGCAGCAGCUCCUUGCUCCCGACCAGCUUCACUGCAAUUCGCGAUCAAGCACAGAUGUGGGCGUUCCUUGAAGGGCCUUUUGCUGAUGUCGUGUUCGGUGUCGCACAGGAAAGCGAUACUACCACCACCGCAUCGUCUGAAACGGGAAGUGUGGUUGCGUGCUCCAAUCGCCUAUUGGGCGGCGUUCGUCUUCGAGCUCUGCGCGUGAAGCCUGGCUCGUGUCCAUCGCUGAGUCAAAUUCCCGAGUACGAGACGAUUGUUCCGUUUUGCUACGGGAAAUUUGCCAGUGACGUGGAGGAAACACAAGGCUACGGUCUCAUUCUCAACAGCGAAGAUAUCGUUGCGUCGAUAAGUUACGCUACAGCGAGGUUAUUUUUCAAUGAUCUGGAAUUAAACACCGUCACGAAGACAUAUACGCAUCUACAGACGUGUUAUUCCGACUGCGAACGGAUCUGCGGUGAAGCGUUCGGUGUCGACAGGUUUCGCUACACUUCACAGUGCACAGCGCAGUGUGCAGUUCAGUGCACUUGUGUCUACGAGGAGCCAAUUGGAAUCCAUCUCUGCACAGAUCCCAACCCAAAUGGGGAGGGAGGGGCGAUUCCUACCGCUGUACACGCGUACAACUGGAGCAGUGCCAAAGUGACACAUGCGAUGAGUGUGCGGGGCUACACUGGCGUAUCAUUUCCAGGAUCCGGCUACGUCGUGGAUCUAGGUUUGAACGGAACACUCUCUCGUGAGAGGCUGGCAGAACUCAAGACCGACAGAUACCUCGACCUUCCUACACGCGCCUUGGUCGUGGAUUUUACCGUCUACAACGCGUAUCUACAGCUUUUCAACAUUGUGGAGAUUGUGGUCGAGUUCCCAGCUUCAGGUGGCGCGUUUGUCCAACUCUCAGAUGCAGUUCUGCGUCUCUUUCGUUACUCUUCGGCAAGUACGGGACGGAUUGUGUUGGAGGGUGUCGUGGUGCUCUAUGUUCUUAUCCAGUGGUGGAGCAUGCUGAAAGAAAUGUAUCGUGUCGGUGUGAAGGGGUUCUUGACUGCCUCUCUCUGGAAUCUACUUACAGCGAUGCAUCUCGUUGUUUUCGCGACUACGAUCGCUGUGCGACUCUACACGAUCGAUCUCGCGUACGGAACAAUGAGUGGGACGGCUGCAAAAGCGAUCACGUCGGCGUCGCUGGAAGAGAUUCCGAACUUGCAAGGCCUGGCAACUGUUCUGUAUGCUGAAAGUGUUAUCGAGAGUAUCAAUGCGGCGCUGGUGUGGAUCAAGCUUCUGCAGUACACCACAGUAUCGAAGCGCAUGAGUCUCUUGCUGUGGAUGUUAGGUCGUGCUGCUCGUGAUCUGGCCUGGUUCUUCGUGUGUUUCCUGGUUUGUAUCUGCGCAUUUGCACAGAUCGGGCUACUGCUGUUUGGGCUGGAUGUGCGUGGCUUCAGCUCUCUUGGUGUGGCAAUCGUAACACUAUUGCAAGCUGUGGCUGGAGAGCUGGAUUACGCGGGCAUGGCGGAUUCCCAUCGAGUGGCAGGUCCCGUUUUCUACAUUUUGUACUAUUUGCUGUUGCUGCUCAUCUUGGUGAACGUUUUCCUGGCCAUUCUCAACGACGCGUAUAUGCAGACAAUCACUGAACAAGAAGAGGAAGACGAAGAGCUAGCGACGGCUGCGAAUGAUCGCGUCAUGGGCUGGGACGAAUCUGGAGAUGUGGUUGAUGCCAAUGCCGAUAUUUCUCCCAGCGAAGAGCGGGCAUUGCAAGCUGCUCGACGUGAAAUGGAGCAACUUCGCAAAUAUCCAUUCUCAAAGGGAUUCUCGCCAGCAUUUAAACUGCUUGUGGCAGAUGCGAAACGUGUCAUUGCCGAAUUCCGUAAUGGAAACAAUGGUGUGAAUUUCACGAAAGUGGACCCUCUCAUCAUGUUGCCUAAGACCGGCAACAAGUGGCCGCAACCAUGUGAGACGGCAUCUCGCAAGUUGACGCGUCAUGUAAAGAGACAGGUAGCUAGUGAGUUACUGGAAGCGGAAGACCGAAUGCGCGUAAGCCGACGGGUCGAGUUGCAACAGUCUCAGAUCGAACAUUUGCGGCACACGGUGGACGAAGACGUCGCUGCUCGACUCGAGGCUUUGGCGGAGAGUAAUCGGCUCAAAACCAAGCGGAUGCAGGAUCUGGAAAAGACUUUGGGCUCCAUUGAGAAGCUCUGCAUACCAUCGUCUCGAACAGCUUCGUCUCGACUGUCCCGAACUUCGUCUCCAGCAAUCGGUGGGAAGCAGAAGUCGUCUGGGGGAUCGAAACGAAGUCUCUCGCUGGCAAUCUUGGCAAAUCGACAAAAGGAAACAAGGCGCAAAACCUCAGGCGAAGAGAUAGAAGAGAUCAACCUGUAG